CUCUGUUGUUGUCUCCUUCACCGUCAAAUCCGCUGCUGCGUCGGCCUGUCUGCCUGUCAAUCACUCGCUGGCUCCAAUCUCAAACUUGUGGACGGACGGGGAAUGUUGAAACCGGUACAGUUGCAGUCGGAAGAAAGAAAAGAAACGGGAUGUUUGCACUCAAGAGGACUUUGCAGUCGCCCCACUAAAGAAGAAGACAGCCGGCGUCCUCACUUAACCGUUCUCCUGCUUCCCUUGGACUUGAGCGGGGAUUUUACCGAGCACGUCGCCAUCCACCCGCCGGUCGCCGGGCCCGCCGGUCGCCAUGGCGACCAACAGAGAACAGCAGGUGGGCCACAUGACGGGCUUCCCACCUGCCGUCUACCCCUUCGCCUUCAACCCCAUGAGAAGCCACUCCCCCUUCGACCUGCUGGCCAACGGCAGCCUUUUCGGAAGAUUUGGCGCCGACCUGCCCAAAGAGAUGGCCGCCCUCUCGGUGGAGACCCAGAGCACCAGCUCAGAGGAGAUGGUACCCAGUUCUCCAUCUCCACCUCCCCCACCUCGUGUCUACAAGCCCUGCUUUGUGUGCCAGGACAAGUCCUCGGGGUAUCACUACGGGGUCAGCUCCUGUGAGGGUUGCAAGGGUUUCUUUCGCCGCAGCAUCCAGAAGAACAUGGUGUACACGUGCCACCGGGACAAGAACUGCCAGAUCAACAAGGUGACGCGCAACCGCUGCCAAUACUGCAGGUUGCAGAAGUGCUUUGAGGUUGGCAUGUCCAAGGAAGCGGUACGCAAUGACAGAAACAAGAAGAAGAAGGACGUGAAGGAGGAGGUGGUGCUCCCCGAGAGCUAUGAGCUCAGCGGAGAGCUUGAGGAGCUGGUCAAUAAAGUCAGCAAGGCUCAUCAAGAAACCUUCCCGUCGCUCGGCCAACUGGGGAAAUACACCACCAACUCCAGCUCAGACCACCGCGUCCAGCUCGAUCUGGGUCUGUGGGACAAGUUCAGCGAGCUCUCCACCAAGUGCAUCAUUAAAAUUGUGGAAUUUGCCAAACGGCUGCCGGGUUUCACCAGCCUCACCAUCGCCGACCAGAUCACCCUCCUCAAGUCUGCCUGCCUGGACAUUCUGAUGCUGAGGAUCUGCACACGCUACACUCCGGAACAGGACACCAUGACCUUCUCCGACGGGCUGACUCUGAACCGGACUCAGAUGCACAACGCUGGUUUUGGACCGCUGACCGACUUAGUGUUUGCCUUUGCCGGCCAGCUUUUACCCCUGGAGAUGGAUGACACCGAAACCGGCCUCCUCAGCGCCAUCUGCCUCAUUUGUGGAGAUCGUAUGGAUCUGGAGGAGCCUCAGAAAGUGGACAAGCUGCAAGAACCUCUGCUGGAGGCGCUAAAGAUUUACGCCCGUCGCCGUCGCCCCAACAAGCCCCACAUGUUUCCCCGCAUGCUCAUGAAGAUUACGGACCUCAGGGGCAUCAGCACCAAGGGUGCGGAGAGAGCCAUCACCCUGAAGAUGGAAAUCCCAGGACCGAUGCCUCCUCUGAUCAGGGAGAUGCUGGAGAACCCGGAGGCUUUCGAGGACCAAACGGAACGCAACGACAGCCCGCCGCCGCCGGCGCCACCACCCCCGCAACCGGCCCCCGCCCUCGUGCUGAAGCAGGAAGUCGAGGACGAGGACGACAGCUGGGCCGCAGAGAACGGCAGCGAGCCGUCGCCGGAGGAGGAGGAAGAGGAGGAGGACGACGACGAAGAGAGAGACAGGGCCUCGGACAGCGAUGGCGAGCAGUGGGGGGUUCUGGAUGCCAUCGAUUUAGACGGCAACAUGAAAGGCCUUGUACCGAGGGCUCAAUGAACACACCAUUUCAUACACAAGCACUGAUUGAUGAUACACACACACACACACACACAGACACACAAGCAUCAAGAUCACGCCACUCCAUCUCCGACCUUAAUAAAAAGCUGGCCUUCCAUCCCCCCCCCCCCCCCCCCCCACGUCCUCCAUGGCGGAGUUGAGAAGCAUUAAAGUGUGGCCCACAUGCUCCAUGACAAAUGAACUCCAGACACAUCGAGCCAAGGAGAGAUGACCGUAAAACAAACACACGCCCGCACAAACUCUUGUCAAGGCCAAGCGGGAUGUUCCAUGACAAAAAGAAGCAAAGCUCUCAUGCCAUACACACACUUGUGUUUGUGUGUGUGCGGACAAAUGCACAUUUCUCAAACACGAGUGAGUACAAGGCAAAACCAAAUGAAAUGAUGUAACCUUUGUUUUUGUGGUUCUUGCUAUCUCAGUUUAUGAAAUUCCAUACGUAUAUACAUAUAUAUAUUACCAUUAUCGUUUUGUCUUGAUUUGUUUAUAUCCUGCUUUCUUUUGAAGACUUUUCCUAAGAGGAUAUUCCGAUUUUGCAAGCUGGGUCUUCCGUAACAGUUGAACAGGAUUCUUUUUUUUUUUUUUUUGGGUGAUGGGUGGAGGCGACUCACUGUGGCCAUCAGUGCUGAUCAAAACCGUGUUGUCACAACUUUUGCUCUGCCGCCAUUUUUGAAAUCAUUGUUGUGCCAAAGUCAUUUUUUGGAGUGGGGGUGAGGGGGGGGGGGCGGUCUUCUUUCAGCUGUUGCAGAUUUACACGUGACCCGGUCGUACAUGUAGCACUUUUGUACAAGACAUUUGGCAUGUUUGACCGGCAAUACAAUCAAGCUCGGAGCUUUUCCCCACAAUGAUGUCGGCAGGCACGCCAAACGAAACAAAUCCGACACACAUAUGCAAGUGCAAAGCAGGAAACUUUUGGACUUAAGACUCAGGGCUUUUCGGCGAGGACCAAACACUAGCUGCUCGCAGGCACUAGGAAGAGGCAAUAUUUACGUGUGUUUUCUUGACCCCGUUUCAAUGAGCUCCACCCCUUGGCGUGCAAGGUGACCCCGGACCCGGUUCUGCUUGGGCCGCACGCCUUCUCAUCCCAAAAAGCCAUGGUUCUGUUAUCAUUUCUUGCGUAUAUCCUCACUUCUUUUUCAACGUGUAGGUUCUUAUGUAUCAUUUCUCUAUUUUUAUCUUGCCUGCCAAAAAGCAGCUGAUAUACACAAUCGGACUUUUCGUCUUCUCUAAUAAGCAAUAUGAACUGUAGCGAUGAGACGAGAGGGCCCGUGGCGUGAAUGUGGGCGGGUCUCCUCAUUUUCCAGUCGUGCGUGCGUGUGUGUCCGGUGAAGCCCAAAAUGAUUCAUACCUCAGCCACAUUUUGAGUUGAUGUGAAUUUUGAUUACUUUUAGGGAGACACAUCGUACAUUGAGAUGGAAGUGACACACAAAUGAUUUUGGUUUUCCUAAAUAUCCUUUCUUCUUCUGUGCAUGCAAAUGUUCGAGAUCAGUGAAACUUUUAGCACCAAUAACGGCCCAAAGAAUAAAUAAAACGCAAACCAAACAAACUUUUAGGUUGCUCCCUCACAUUUGUCUGUUCAGAUCAGGCGUAUGAAUAGUUGUAAAAAAAGAAAAGACUUUGCAAAACUUCUCUCCAACAAGUAUGAAUGACUUUGGGCUAGCUGCGCGCGAGUGUGUUUUUCAGCCGUCGGAUGUCCGCUGUUACGGUGCUGUCGCGCACUCAAGUGUCUUUUGUGGGAUGACUUUCUGCUGGGCUGUUACCAUGGUAACAUCAUGUUGACGCAGGCAGAACAUUUGAGACGAUGCUGUUUUCAUCGUACUACUUUUUUCAACAUGGACAAUGUGUUGUGUACCCAUUGUUUAUGCCAACUCUUGUUAUACAAAGAAAAGCCAUAUAAACAAUAAGAGGCACAAUAAACUACUUUUGUGAGA